CUGAAGGGGCUCAACAGAAAAAACUGGUUUAAGUUCAGUAUUUCUUCGAAACUCUAACGUCGCUAUCGACACCUCGAUCAUUGCUUAAAAUAGAAUUGUAAAGAGGAUUUUUGAAUUCACUGCAUUCCCCUCUUUAUUUUACAUGAAAAUGACUGAUACAUCUGUAGAAAUCCAAAACAAUAAAGACCACAAAGAUGAUGUUGAAAAUGAAGAGCAUGAGGAACAUGAUCCAUAUUUUGAACCAAUUAUUCAUCUUCCAGAAGUGCACAUAUAUUCCAUGGAAGAAGAUGAAGAGGAUCUAGUGAAACUACGUGCCAAGCUAUACAGGUAUGAUACCUCAGAAGUUCCUCAUCAGUGGAAAGAACGAGGCACAGGGGAAAUCAAGAUUUUGUGUCAUCUGAAACAGAAUACUGCAAGAGUUUUAAUGAGGAGAGAUAGAACAUGGAAAAUUUGUGCUAAUCAUUACAUUUCUCCUGUGAUGGAAUUAAAACCCAAUUGUGACAGUGAUCGGGCAUGGAUCUGGAGUGUUCCUGCUGAUUUUGCAGAUGAGACUCCCAAACCUGAGCUUCUUGCUGUUCGGUUUGCAAAUGCAGAAAAUGCAAAAUUAUUCAAGGAUGCAUUUGAAGAAGCUCAAAGAAUUUUAGAGCAGAAUCGAAACUUGCCGGAUGAGGAAGGGACGAGUGAUGAAAGUGACGAAGCUAAUGAAGAAAGUGACAAAGACGAUGAAGAGGAAAAUGAGAAAAAACAUUCUGAAUCAAAAGAUGAAAGUGAAGUUAUCGAUAAACUAUGUGAACUACAAGUAGUCGAUGCGUGCGGGAAAACGGGCUAAGCCAUAUACUGACAAGUAUCUUCUAGUCGUGGAAGAUACCUACCUUUAUUAAACGUUUGUCUCCAAAGUCAUUCCCAAUAAGACGUUUUAUGCUCGAUGCAUCAUUCAGAAAAAAACUCUCAGAAAUACACUUCAAAUUAAAAGCUU